GUCCUUCGGGUAACCCUUUGUUGCACAUGCGCCCUGCGUUGCCAAGGUACAUCAUCAUAACAACAGUGGUCAUUCCGCCUUUGGAGACUUCGUCUGCAAAAAUAUCCAUAAACAGUGCAAUCGCUCAAGUUUAGGGCUACUUUUGUUCUAGAUAAGGUAUCAGAGAAGUUAAGUCAAGAUGCCGAAGAAGAAGAAGAAGUCCGGGUCUGGGAAGAAGGGGAAGAAGGGGAAGUUGGCUAAGAUGACGGAGGAGGAGAGGAUCGUGUACCUGGAACAACAGGCGCUGGCAGAGGAAGAGAUGAGGAAGAAGAAGGAGGACAUGUUGACCCAGUAUCUCAAGGAUAAACUCACAAAAGAAGAAAAGUUCACAAGGUUCAACCUGAACAAGAUCAACAACCAGUGGCGGGCCAUCAUGAGGGAGUCCAAGUCUAAGGAGCUGCGAAGGGACAUUGAAAUUCUCAGUCAGACUUUUGAACGUGUCGUUGACCGUAAGGACAGCGUUAUCCAAUCGUUGGCCAAGGAUAUCGCAGAGGCAGAGGAACAGUUUGCCAUGGCACUGAGGAGCCAUCUAGAAAAUGUGGAUGCACUCAUAGACUUACAGAGACAGAGACUCUCCACACUCCAGUCUGAAUAUGAUACAGAGCUGGAGAUUCUCAAGAAAGAGUUUGAUACAGAAAGGGACUUGAUUGUAGCUCAACACAAGAAGGAGAUGACGGACCUUCAGGACGUGAUGUUUGCCAUGGAACAGAACUUCCAGGACCGUGAGGCUGAAGCACGACAGGAGUUCCAGAGCAUGAGAGAUGAAAUCAAGAACAAGAAUCUUGAGGAGAAGCAUGCCCUGCGGAUCCAGCUAGAGGGCGCUGUUGAGGACUUGUGGAGACAGUUCCAGCAGGCCCUGAAGUCCUACAAUGAGUCCACAGAGGAGAGGAAGGUGGCCUUUGAAAACCUGAAGGCCAAGGAUGAGAAAAGUGCGAAGGAGAUCGAGAUGCAAAUGAGAAAACUUCAGAGGAUAUCGGACCAAAUAGCCCAACUGAAGGCCAAGAUGGCGCAGAACUCUCGCGAGUGUGAUGAACGGAAUCAUCAGAUAAAGAACGAGCGGGAAGUCAUCCUGCAGCACUUCCACGCGCUGAAGGACCGUAUGAACUCCAUGCGUGAUCGGGAGAGGGCGAGACUGACCAAGCUCACCCUGCAGAGUAACUCAGCCAUCAAGGAACUACAGAGGGUUCACGACAAGGGUGAACGUAUCCUGAAGCUAUCGGAGAUGUGUCGGAAGCUGGAGACAGAGGAAGAGAAGGUCCUGCCGUUCUACGCCUCCUCGCUCACGGAGGAAGAACAGCAGGAUGUGGAGGCUGCAGUGGGUGAACCACCGUCCGAACCCCUGGCUGAGGUGAUGCAUGAGUAUGUGUCGCUAGAGAACUUCUGGAAGAGAUACAACAAGGUUCUUCUGGACAAGCUGGCACUAGAGAAGGAGAGGGCAGGGCUGAUGACAGAGAACAACCAGCUCCGUACGCUGCUGAAACAAUACCUGGACGGAAUCUCCGUCAAUGAUGAGAUCUUGUCACAGGUCAACCCGCUAUUUGUGGUCAACCACAGGACCAAUGUCAAAUUAUCUGUACCAGUCGUGGACCCGCGGGUGAGACGGCCUGGACAGACUGUUGUCGAGGCCGCACACGUCGUUAAACACAACACCAUGGGGGGUCUGCUGAAACGUGAUAUGGUUUAGCUGCAUCUAACAUGGCUGAUGUAACAGAGAAGUGGGAAAGGGGUGUAUGUUGCUUUUCACAAAUCUGAAUUUAGGCAGAUGCAAUGUCCGCAUGGUUAUGAAUGUUCAGAAGUUUUUCUUUUUUUUAAAACCAUUGGGAACAGAUGUGAAUUCUGUGUCGUGUCACUCAGAUUUCAUGAUUUGUAAACAGUAAGUUUUCAAGUCACCCUUCAACUGAAACAGGAGCACCUGCCUUGAAAAGUAUAAAAAAUGCCUCUGCCCCUGAGGUGUUGCCAAAAAAAAUUCUACAGAAUUCUACAGUGGUCCUAGCUUGUAUCAUUCCAUUGUUUGGACCUUAUGGACCCAGAAAAGAGAUAGAUUUUACCAACAAGAGUUUAUUUUACAAAUGACAGAAGGAAUUCUAUGGCAUACAAAUGAAGUAUGUUCCACCAGUGUGUAUAUAACGGUUUUUGUCUUACAUUUGUAUGCACCAAGUCAGAUUAUUUCUGAAGAAGUAUGUGUAUGAUACUUAGAUGUGUUGAACUGUAAUAAAAUAAGUUUUCAAAGAAAACA